AUGGCUCGCACCUGCUGCCCGCAGUACACGAUCCGGCUCGACACGUCCGCUUUUAAGCCAAAUAGGCACCAGCGCUCAGCACUGAACCGAUGGAACCGAUAUCUCGAGACGGGGCUGAAGCCGGGAGAGGAGGCAGCCGAUGACCCGAUGUCCGACAAGCCUACGGCGGGGAAGAAGGGCAAGGGCAAAGGAAAGGCGGCGCCGUUCGACCUGGACGCGGAGCUGCAGGCGUUCGUCGGUAACAAGGGAAAGCACAAGUUUGAGCUCGACUUUCGCCCCGCCAAGGCGACGACGGAGACAUUCGAGCUUUAUCGCCGGUACCAGAUGGCAGUGCACCACGACCCGCCGCACAAGGCGACACGGCGGGGUUUCGAGAAUUUCCUCUGCGACAGUCCUCUAGGCUGCAUAGAGUACACUGGCGACAGCGAGGGUCUGCCGAAAACGUACGGCAGCUACCAUCUGCUGUACCGCAUUGAUGGGGAUCUCGUCGGCAUCAGCGUCAUCGACGUGCUGCCGCACUGCGUAUCGAGCGUGUACUUCAUCUGGGACCCGGACUGGGCGUGGGCUGCGCUCGGCAAGUUAUCUGCAUUGUACGAGCUGGGUCUCGUGCGCCGUAUGGCUGUGGCGGGUGCACCAGGUAUGCGGUGGCUGUACAUGGGUGAGGCUGCCUUCCGGAACGAGACUAAGCUGACAGCAGGGUACUGGAUCGCGAACUGCCAGAAGAUGGCGUACAAGGGCGAGUACGCGCCGAGCUUCCUCCUCGACUCGGGAACGUAUGACUGGCACUCUCUGACGCCAAAGCUGUCGGCCUACCUCGCCUCGCAUCGGGGCUACACUCCCUUCUCAGAGGUUGAGGGGAUGGACGACGGACUGGUUGCGGAGUGGAAGGCGGCCGCGAAGCCACUACCCACGACCUCCGCCGAAGCGGCGGCUCACGAGGAGGAAGAGGACGACGACGAUGAGGCCGACUGGCCCUCCCCGCCACCUCCUGGUUUCCUGGACCCAGACAAGCUCCCAAAAUCGGUCGUCAACGGCGCCAUGGUCGCGAUGAAGCAGCGAGGCAAACUAUUUGCGCUCCCGUUCAAGCAGUUUGGUGAGUUCCUCACGCCCGCUGGACGACGGUGUGUGCCCGAACUGCUCGCCGCGAUGGGACCAGACAUGUUCGCGAUGGAGGGUAAGGGCGAGGAGGGGACGAAGGCGAUGUUGUGCUUCGACUGA